AUGUCAUUGGCUAGAUUGCUUGGGUUCGCAACUGAAGAAUUUGCAUGCACUGUGGGCGAGACUUUGGGAGGAUUGCUGAAUACAACCUUUGGCAAAGUGGAAGCAGCGUUGGAGAAUGAUCAAAUUCGUGUACUCUCUAAUAUCCUAUUAAUAUUUGGAUCAUGUUUUUUCUUCAGUAGAAUUGCUAUUAAAAAAAGUAAACUUGAACAAGAGUUUAGUUCUACUGCUGCAAAAGUGAGAUCUAGUUUGGUGAUCUUGUCAUGCAUUACUCUAGGUUUACUUGCAUCUAGUCUUGCUAUCAACGAUUCUUCCAAUAUAAAUGUUAAUUCUCAAAAUAGAAGUUUUAAUUCUUCCAAUGCUAGUAAUACUCUCAAGAACGUUGAUAAUGUCGUUGAUAGUGUUAUUAGUCGUAUGCCUACCUUACUCGUUUUUUCAGGUGAAAAAAAUUCCGAAGUUUUAGAAUACAAGUUCGUUUUUUUUAGGCCUGAUAUUAGCCGUUUUGCUCUUUAUGCUUCAUAUUGUUUAGCUUUAUAUCUUACCUUUUUAUUUAAACGUUUACUUGAGAAUUUAACUUGCACUUCUAAGAUUUUAAAUAAUUUAAUUAUUUCUCUUACUUUAAUUAUUCCUGAAUCUCUUGUUGAAGAUUAUAAAGUCAAAAAGAAAAAAAAGGAACAAGUUGAAAUUCUAGAUAAUAUUUUUACUAGAAUAGUAACAAAAAUAAUUCAAUUUAUAAAAUUAGAUAAUAGGAUUGUGAAUGAAACAGAUAAGAAAGAGGAGGAAAUAUUUUGA